AUGCGUCUUGAUCUCAUUCUUCUUGUGGGCUUCGCUGGGCCAUUAGCAGCAAGUCCUCCCUCCCUGGACCACUACAAGAGCUUCCAUAGGUCAUGGGCAUCUGCUUCUACCAGACUGGACAGCGUAAUCGCUGAAUUGCCCACUCAAGGGACCGUCCCUCCUGGAGCUGCAGCCUCUACCGCCAGCAACGGCAACGCCAACGCCAACGGCACUGUUGCUGUGCCUGAUGCCUGCUCCUGUGACACCUGCUCCUGUGACCCCAGCUGCUGUGGCAGCAAGGCGCCUGCUACCUCGGCAGCCUCAGCCUCGGCCUCAGCUGGACCUGUCACCUCAGCAUCAACAUCAGCACCACCACCAACUGUAGUCACUGCGACUUCUACUCUCACCACUUCUGCUACACCCUCUUCUGGCGAAGUCGAGAGUGGCAGCACCUCUGUUCCAGCGGCUUCUUCGACUGUUAACCUACGCGCGACGACAACAACCACAACUGUUACGAUGACCAGGCCAGCUUCAACCGCUGCAGCCGACCCUGCCUUCACCACUAAAGGCUCUCAUCACCACCAGGCCCAUGCUUCUAAUGGCGAAGCACACAGGUCCGACGAUGGUUGGGACUCUCUCCAUCGUGAACUUGGCUCCACUAGAAUGUCCAAGCUGCUCCGUCGCCACAAAUCCAAGAAGAUCAAACGCUCGUCUCUGAAAGACAAAGAAAUGGAAGUGCGGUAUCUCGAGGGACAAAGUGCGAGUUUGUGGAAAGCGGCACAUAGUUGGGGAAAAGUGCUUCGGCAUUACGAGGCACAGGUCGAAAACAUAAGUGGAAUGCGUAGAAGCGUCAGUGUCGAGUCUAGCGCUGAGGCAGAGGAGAUCAUUGACGAGAUGCGGCUUGUUCUAACCCAUAUUAAGUCGGUGAGCGAUCGAGCUCAUCUUUAUGCACGCAUACAAGACAAAUGGUUGCUUGACGCCAAGAAGGAGCUUAAGACUGCCCAGCGGGAAAAGAAGGAGCUUGAGAUUGCCCAGUGGGAAAAGGCAGCGAAAGAGGUACACGGCUUGAGCCAUGAGGAAAUUCUUCGCAAAGAGGAUUUUGGGAAGCAUGCUUCAAGCCACAACCUUAGGGCACGUUCAGAAACCAAAGAUGCCGGGGAGCAUGACAAGCAGAAGAAGGAGAAGCAGGAGAAAGAGAAGCAGGAGAAGGAGAAGCAAGUGAAGGAGAAGCAGGACAAAACCGCCAAACACAAAGACGAAAAGGUUCACGACAACAAGAAAGACAACAAGACCGAUGCUACCAAAGAAGAGACUGCUGAGAAGUCCGACCUUGACAAGUACGAAGACGCUCUCUACGGAAGCGUUGGAGAACAGAUCAAGAAGAAUCUCGGGAACGAUAAGAGCAAAGGUCACCACUCCCUCACUAUUGAGAAGGGAGAGAAGCCUGCUUACAUGAUCACCAAGGAGUUCAGGGUCUACAAGUGCGACGGUGAGAAGGGCUGCAAGGAGGACUUUGGACCAGUCGAGGAACAGGCCAAGGACGAGGACGCGGACGCGAAUGCAGAGAAGGAGAAAGGCAAAGAGAAUGAGGUCGAAAAGGAAGAAGAGAAGGAUUCGCACGAAGAAGAAGACGGUCCUUCUCUGCUUGCCGAUGGUGACGAGGCUGAGCAGCUGAAGCGCCUCCAACAGCUCUACAUGCAAUGGCGUGGCAUGCUCGUCGAGGCUAUUCGCAAGGACCUCGACCCGAUCCUCAAGAACGAUAAGUUCCCGGAGGAUACCCAGAUGGCAUCGCAGCAUAUGAAAGGGGAUGAAAAGGAACAGCGCAAGCGACUGAGCCUCAUGUACAUGAACUAUCGCCACAUGCUUCUUGACAAGUUCACCGAGCUGCUCGAUCCGAUUCUUCACGCCAAAAACCAAAAGACCGGCUGA